GUCAUUCGCAAACGUCAAUAACACGAAAGUUCGCAACAACAACAAUCAGUACAUUUUCUUCCCAGUUUGUACAAAACAUCAGUGAAUUUGUGCCACCCCCGGGAAGCGUCGGGAACUGCAAUGUUACUGCGGAAAAUCAACCACCACUAACCGAGAGAGAAAAGUGGAAAAAGAGGAGCAAAAUCGCCGAAAAAUUUCCUCACCGCUGGCAAUGUUUUGCGGUGCGGCAGCCAAGCUCAACUCUUUGGCAGGUGUUUUGCGACUUAGAAGCGGCCCCGUUGACAACGUCAACAAGUUUUCCGAGUGGAAAAGUGCUCUUCCCAGUAACAGCGGUAGUAACGCAACAGGAGCUGGCGGAGGAAAGCGGAAAAAGGGAAUUUUCCAGCAUCAGCAGCGGUCGUCGUCGUCAGCUAAUUGUUGUCAUCAGUUGCGGUGGUUCGAUCAAUAUUUGCCACUGCAGCAGAAGCAGCGACAACUGGGACAAAGAGUGAUAGUCAGUCACGGCGAACAAGUUUGUUCCAUCUCCACCCACUCAACCAUGGCCACCGGCAACGACGGCGCAGGACCAUCCGGAACGAGCACGCCCCCAAACACACGAACCGGCUGAUCAACGAAAAGUCGCCGUACCUGUUGCAGCACGCCCACAACCCCGUC